UUAAUUGGAGGCAACUGUCGCUGAGUUAAUAUUUUCUCCGGGCACGGACAGACGGACAGCACCACAAAGCCUCACUCUCGUCGCGUCGCUGCCGCACUUCCAAUUUGUCACCGUCGAGUAUGCUCCGCUUUUCAAUUCGCCGGAGCGCUCGAUUUCUCUCCACGGCGGCGGAGCCGAUCUACCGAAAUCCUCCGCCAAUAGUUAGGAAUCUCAUCGGAGGAGAGUUUGUUGAAUCGCGAUCGGUGGAAUCCAUAGACGUUGUGAAUCCGGCAACGCAAGAGGUUGUUUCUAAGAUUCCUCUGACUACGGAUGAAGAGUUCAGGGCUGCGGUUCGUGCUGCAAAGAAUGCUUAUCCAAAAUGGAGGAAUACUCCUAUCACGGCGCGGCAGCGGGUCAUGUUCAAGCUCCAAGAGCUCAUCCGGAGGGAUAUGGAUAAGCUUGCCUUGAAUAUUACCACGGAGCAGGGAAAGACUUUGCGUGAUGCUCAGGGCGAUGUCUUUCGUGGUCUAGAGGUGGUGGAGCAUGCCUGUGGAAUGGCUACUCUUCAAAUGGGUGAAUAUGUUUCAAAUGUUUCCAAUGGCAUUGAUACAUACAGUAUUAGGGAACCUCUUGGUGUUUGUGCAGGGAUUUGCCCAUUCAAUUUUCCUGCAAUGAUUCCUUUGUGGAUGUUCCCUAUGGCUGUUACAUGUGGUAAUACCUUCAUUCUAAAGCCAUCAGAGAAAGAUCCAGGUGCUGCAAUGAUAUUGGCAGAGUUAGCACUGGAGGCUGGCUUACCUGAUGGAGUAUUGAAUAUUGUUCAUGGUACACAUGACAUUGUUAACAACAUAUGCGAUGAUGAUGAUAUCAGGGCUAUAUCUUUUGUUGGUUCAAACACAGCUGGGAUGCACAUCUAUGCCAGAGCAGCUGCUAAGGGGAAACGUGUUCAGUCAAAUAUGGGUGCGAAGAACCAUGCCGUUGUCUUGCCUGAUGCUAGCAUCGAUGCAACAUUAAAUUCUUUAAUUGCUGCUGGUUUUGGAGCUGCCGGACAAAGGUGCAUGGCGCUCAGUACCAUUGUAUUUGUUGGGGGAUCAAGACCAUGGGAGGAUGAACUGAUUAAACGUGCCAAAGCAUUGAAAGUAAAUGCUGGGCUGGAGGCUGGUACAGACCUUGGUCCUGUCAUCAGCAGACAGGCAAAGGAUCGAAUUUGCAGAUUGAUCCAAGGUGGAAUUGAAAGUGGUGCCAGGGCAGUGCUUGAUGGGAGAAACAUUGUGGUUCCUGGUUAUGAAGCAGGCAACUUUGUGGGACCUACAAUCUUAGCUGAUGUCACAUCUGACAUGGAAUGUUACAAGGAGGAAAUAUUCGGUCCAGUUCUCCUCUGCAUGCAGGCCGAAAGUCUUGAAGAGGCUAUCAGCGUUGUCAACAACAACAAGUAUUUUUUUUCUUCUUCCAGGACAGUUUUCAAGUAUUUAUAUUUUUGUCACUUAACAAGUCCAAAUUACCUUUUUCUUUUGGCUAGGUAUGGUAAUGGAGCAUCCAUCUUUACCUCUUCUGGUAUAGCUGCAAGGAAGUUUCAGAAUAAUAUUGAAGCUGGUCAGGUUGGCAUUAACGUGCCUAUUCCAGUUCCUCUCCCAUUCUUCUCAUUCACCGGCUCUAAGGCAUCUUUUGCGGGUGAUCUUAACUUCUAUGGCAAGGCCGGCGUACAAUUCUACACUCAGAUAAAAACUGUGACACAGCAGUGGAAAGAUUUGCCUGUCCAGGGAGUUUCACUGGCAAUGCCGACAUCGCUGAGAACAUAGAGGCCAGUAUUGACACUUUUUUAUCCUCUUGUUUGAUUGUUAAUUACAAUUUUCAAGUAUUUUUAUGAUCCUGCUUUCUAAAAUAUGUUUGGAAUGUUGAACUUAUGCAAUUCAUAAUUUUCAUUUUCUGGAAUAUAUUCCAUGUUCCUGCAUUA